AUGUCAGACCCUCGAAUGGCGGCAAUCAACAACUUCACUGUGAAGCAGCACAAGUCUGUCCCGCCGGAGCUGAACCCGAGGGACGCGGUCCUCCCGGACCCCUUCACCGUGUGCAUCAUGGGCGCCAGUCGCGGGAUAGGAGAGCACAUAGCGUAUGCGUACGCCCAAGCCGGCGCGUCACGAAUUGUGAUAUCGUCUCGCGCGACGGGCGAUCUCGAGACGGUUGCGCGCAACAUUUCGGACGACAUCAACAGCCGAGUCAAAGUCGACUUGGUCGAGUGCGACGUCUCGAGUGCGUCGGCCGUCGAGGCGCUGGCAGAGUACGUGAGGACUCGGUGCGGGAGGCUCGACUUGCUCGUCCUCAACGCCGGCUACGCCGGUCCAGUCACGACCAGGAUGGACCAGGGCAAGCCGGAGUGGGUACGACGGGCGUUCGAGGUCAAUGCGAUGGGCACGUACCUUGCUGCACACUACUUUGUGCCGUUGCUGCUGGAGUCGCCCAACGGUGCAAAGGGGUUCAUUGCCGUCGGGUCGUUUGCGGGCUGUAUUCGGCGUGGAAUAAUUGCGAACACGGGGUACACUGUGAGCAAGAUGGCGCAGAUUCGCCUGGUCGAGUAUUUGGAUGAGCAGUACGGGCAGUACGGGCUGGUCAGUCUGGUGGUGCACCCGGGGGCCGUGGCGACGAAGAUGGCCGAGGGAAACACGCCAGAGGAAUUUUUGCCUUACCUGACUGAUGAUGUCGACCUUUGCGGUGCAGUCUGCGUAUGGUUGAGCAAACAGCUCAAUAACAUUCACUGGCUGAGCGGUCGAUUGAUCAGUGCGACAUGGGACAUGGCAGAAUUGAUGUCAAAAGAGCAACAGAUCCGUGAGAAAGACCUUUUGAAAUUUGUUAUGGUGACUGGGUGA